AUGUUUGAAAUCGACAUCGCAACUGUUAUGUUCACAACAGUUAAUCUUGUCAUUCUUCUUGAUUAUUUGGUAAAUAUUUUAAUGGAGUGGCUGUACCCACGAGUUGAUGAAGAAUUUCCAUCUUUGUCUGAAAUCAACACUCUCAAUACUCUUUUUGCUUUUAUCAUUGAGAGACCGAAUUGUAAUGUUAGCUCAGAUAUCAAAUCAAAUUGUGAUGUUAACUCAGCUAUCAAAUCAAAUUGUGACGAAUCAAAUUGUGAUGCUAGCUCGGAUGGUGAAUCAAAUUAUGAUGCAGAUGACGAAUCAAAUUGUGAUGCUGGCUCGGAUGGUGAAUCAAAUUAUGAUGCAAAUGACGAAUCAAAUUAUGAUGCAGAUGACGAAUCAAAUUAUAAUGUUAGCUCAAAUGACGAAUCUGAAGUUGACGAUGAACCAAAUCUAGAAAAUAUUUUGAUAAUGAUGGAAGAUGCACAAUUUGAUCCUAAAAUAAUUACUGAUAGUGUUACUACAAUUAAACAACACGAUAAAGAAUUGUUGUCACUAUCAUCAAUUUUAUCAGCGAUCGACGCUGAAAUGCUUCAAGUAACCAAAAAACUUGAAGCAUUAUCAUUUGACGACACCGAAAAUAUUCAACCACUCAAAUCAUCAUCGAAAAAACUCAAAGCGGAAUGCUUAUCCAAUGAGAACAAGGGCAAUGUCAAUGACAACUCUUCAGUAAUUGAAUCGUCACCAUCAUCAUUGUUUUCAGUAAUCAACACUGACAUAUUUCAAGCAAUCGAAUCAUUAUCUUUAAAAAACAUCCAAGAAUUCGAAGAAAAAUUCAAAUUGCUCAAUUUAGAUAAUAACGUUCAGGGCUCAAAUUAUCAAAAGGAUAAUAAUAAAGAUAAUUGGUUGAAGAUUGCUUUUGAAUCCGAGCUUAAAAAUACAAGCGAAUCUUCAGCAAGUCUAAAUAAUGAAGAUAAUUGGUUGAAGAUUGCUUUUGAUUCUGAGCUUAAAAAUAUAAGCGAAUCUUCAACAAGUCUAAAUAAUAAUAUUUGGGAUUCAAAUAAUCCAAACGGUGAAAAUAAUUGGUUGAAGACUUUUGAAUCCGAGCUUAAAAAUACAAGCGAAUCUUCAACAAGUCUAAAUAAUAAUAUUUGUGAUUCAAAUAAUCCAAGCGGUGAAAGUGAGAUUACUUUUGAAUCCGAGCUUAAAAAUAUAAUUGAUGAUAAUAAUGUCGUCAAUGAAGAUAAUUGGUCAAAGAUUGCUUUUGAUUCUGAGCUUAAAAAUACAAGCGAAUCUUCAACGAAUCUAAAUAAUAAUAUUUGGGAUUCAAAUAAUCCAAACGGUGAAAAUGUAAAUAAUUGGUUGAAAAUCACUUUUGAUUCUGAGCUUAAAAAUACAAAUGAUUGGUUGAAAAUUGCUUUUGAAACCAAGCUUAAAAAUACAAGUGAUAAUGAUUUAGUCACGGCUGACCAAUUAAGCGAAGCACAAAUCACAGAAUUUAAAGAAGCAUUUUCUUUGUUUGAUAAAGACAGUGAUGGUACCAUCACCACCAAAGAACUUGGUACAGUAAUGAGAUCACUUGGUCAAAAUCCAACAGAGUCAGAAUUACGAGACAUGAUCAAUGAAGUUGAUGCUGAUGGUAACGGGACAAUUGACUUUCCAGAAUUCUUGACAAUGAUGGCCAGGAAAAUGAAGGAUUCUGAUUCUGAACAAGAGAUAAAAGAAGCUUUUAAAGUUUUUGAUAAAGAUGGUAAUGGUUUUAUUUCUGCUGCUGAACUAAGACAUGUUAUGACUAAUCUUGGAGAGAAACUUACUGAACAAGAAGUCGAUGAAAUGAUGUUCUUUAUGAUCAGAGUUGAAAUAAAUCUUAACAGUCUGGAUGAAUCAUCUGAUGGAUGUGACAAUAUAAUUAACAAUCCAGAUGAUAUAAUUAAUAUUGAUAAUUUAUCCUCGAGUUUAGGAAAAUGCAUACAUAAAGAUGAAGAACAUGAUGGAACCAAAAAAAUAAUUAUAGACUUUUCUAAACACCCAUUAUUGGAGACAUAUUCCAAGUUACUUUUUAAUUUACAAAACCAUCAUGUGGAGGAAGACUCCCAACAUGCACAGCACUUGUCCAUAAUGUUAGAAUGGAGUGUACUGGUUUCUGAUGUAUUAAAGCAACAUAGUAAUUAUCAACUUCACCAAGCAGUUGAAGUACUUCAAAAAUUGAAAGACAAAGGCAUCAUCAAAAGCAGUGAUCAUGGCUGGAUUCCAUCUUUUACUUUAAUUAAACAGAUUUUUGAUCAAGGAACAAGUAAUAAGUGUCACGAAAUAGAUGCUUUGACAGUGAUAUCUGUGGUUUCGACUAAUGAUGCCAUCU